UUACCAUAAAAAGUGCAAAGCUAAAAUCAGAUUGCAGAACUGUCGACGCUAUAUAGCCGGUCUAUUAAAAUAUCAGAGAGAGAAAAAAAGAUGGAGAAUUCUCAACUUUGCAAGCUUUUUAUCGGCGGGUUGAACGUGCAGACUACGGACGAGGGACUGCGACAGCAUUUCGAGCAGUAUGGGGAGCUGACCGAUUGCGUUGUGGUGCAUUACCCGCAGACCAAUAGAUCCCGUUGCUUCGGGUUUGUCACCUACUCGACUGCGGAGGAGGCUGAUGCAGCAAUGGCGGGCAGGCCUCAUACUGUAGACGGCAACAACGUGGAGCUGAAGAGAGCCGUGCCCCGGGAGGACGCCGGCAAACCCGAGGCCCUCGCCAAGGUGAAGAAAAUCUUCAUCGGCGGCCUGAAAGAGGACGUGGAGGACGAACACCUAGCAAACUACUUCUCCCAGUUCGGUGCGCUGGAGAAAGCCGAAGUGGUCACUGACAAGCAGACUGGCAAGAAGCGCGGCUUCGGCUUUGUCUACUUUGAAGACAACGACUCUGCAGACAAGGCCGUGGUGCUCAAGUACCACACUAUCAACGGGCACAAAGUGGAGGUGAAGAAAGCCCUCUCCAAGCAGGAGAUGCAGGCCAGCGGCGGCAGGAGAGGCCGAAGCACAGGAGGGCGCGGAGGCGGAGGAGGUCAAAAUGUCUACGGCGGCAGAUACAAUAGCUAUGGCGCUGGCUACGGGGGCAAUGAUGGCCGCUAUGGCGGUGGUUACGGGGACAGUUCUGACUCUUACGGCGGAGGCUACGGGAACGGUGGAGGCUACGGGAUCGGUGGAGGCUACGGGAACGGUGGAGGCUACGGGAACGGUGGAGGCUACGAGGGCAGUGGAGGCUACGGCGAACAUACGGAUGACUAUGGCUACGGAAACGGCUACAGUGACUUUGGCAGCAGCUACGGCCAGCAGUCCUCCGGCUAUGGGGCGAUAAAAGGCAGUAACUACUCUGGCAGAAGCAGCGCCCCUUACUCCAGAGGUAGUGGGGACUAUGGGGGCUCCUACUAAACCGGCCCUCGUGUGUGUGUUGGCUGCCUCCACCUCUGUACGACAGACAAUGUGCAAGGGGAUUGGGUAGGGGAGAAACAAGGACUGGAUUUUAUUGAACAUUUUUUAUAGAAUUGUUACUGUUUUGAUUUUUUUUUUCUUUUACUAUAGAUAAUCUGUACAACAUGACUUACAUAACCUGUAAAUUGUUUCUGGUUUGUUUGUGUAUUUUGAUUUCAUUUUUAUUUUUUAACCAAUCGAUUCACAACAAUAAAUUGAGGAGUUGUUUAUGUGUUUUUAAAAA